GGUGUAGCUCCCAGUGCUGGUAGUGAUAAAUGAUGUACAAAAUGAGUGAAUGCUCAGACACAGACACAUACAGAAAGGGGAAUCUAAGAGAAAUUCCUUGACAGCAAGAGACAACUGAUUUUAUGAAGAGAGCAGAUUAAAAUUCAUUGAAAGAAGGGUUCAGCAUGAAUUGGUCUGCAGUGCUAUCUCUCAUGCUGAUGGUGGUUCAAUCUUGGCCUUGCUCUCCAAGCACACAAAACUGCAGCACUCAAAACACAGAUCAGUCUUUCACAGCAGUUCGAAGGGUGAAACGUGCCUGGGUGUGGGAGCCACUUUUUGCAACUGAGGAACAGACUUCAGUGGUACCUGUAUAUGUUGGACAGCUGAAAUCAGAUUUAGAGAAGCAGGAUGGUAACAUAAAAUACACUUUGACUGGGGAGGGAGCUGGAAGCAUUUUUGUCAUUGAUGAAUAUAACGGCAAAAUUUAUGUAGCGCAAAAGCUGGAUCGAGAAAAGAAACCUUUCUACACUCUAAGAGCACAAGCAAUUAACAGGAGCACUCAGCUUCCUGUUGAACCUGAAUCAGAAUUCAUUAUCAACGUUCGAGAUAUCAAUGAUCAUGAACCACAGUUCUUGGAUGGACCUUAUGUGGCCACUGUUCCAGAGAUGUCACCUGAAGGUACUUCGGUUACACAGGUAACAGCUACAGAUGGUGAUGAUCCUUCUUACGGAAAUAGUGCCCGUCUGCUUUACAGUCUAAUUCAAGGACAGCCCUAUUUCUCUGUGGAGCCAAAGACAGGGGUCAUCAGAAUGGCUUCUGAAAUGGAUAGAGAAACAAAAGAUCAGUAUUUGGUCAUCAUCCAAGCCAAAGAUAUGGUUGGGCAAGCAGGAGCAUUUUCAGCAACUGCCACAGUUACCAUCAACCUCUCAGAUGUCAAUGACAAUCCACCUAAAUUUCAACAGCGACUCUACUACAUGAACGUCUCUGAAGACGCUCCUGUGGGCACUACUGUAGGCAAAGUCUACGCAGAAGACAGUGACAUAGGGGAGAAUGCAGCCAUGAACUAUUCCAUUGAAGGGCAUGACUCAGAUGUUUUUGAUAUAAUUACUAACAAUGAAACUCAAGAAGGAAUUAUCUUGUUAAAAAAGAGAGUGGAUUACGAGAGCAAGAGGAGGUACAGUAUUCGAGCAAAAGUUAUAAACAGGUACAUUGAUGACCGUUUUCUGAAAGAAGAACCCUUUGAAGACAAAACUGUUGUCAAAAUCAAUGUGGAAGAUGCUGAUGAACCUCCAGUUUUCACCUCGGAGAACUAUGUGAUGGAGAUUGCUGAAGGAGCUGUGAGUGGUUCACUGGUGGGAAUUAUAACUGCUAGAGAUCCAGACGCUGAUGACUGCCCAGUCAGGUACUCUAUUGUUCACGGCAUGCAUUUAAAGAGAUUGUUCAGCAUCAAUGAACACAAUGGGACAAUCAUUACAACUAAACCUCUGGACCGAGAGAUAGCUUCUUGGCACAACUUAACUGUUACAGCCACAGAAACAAGAAAUCCUGAAAAAAUUUCAGAAACAAAUGUGUAUAUCCAAGUUCUUGAUGUCAAUGAUCAUGCACCAGAGUUCUCCAAAUAUUAUGAAACUUUUGUUUGUGAAAAUGCAGUUUCUGGCCAGCUAAUUCAAAGCAUCAGUGCAGUGGAUCAAGAUGACUCACCAGAAGGUCACCAUUUUUACUUCUUAUUGGCUCAGGAGGCCACAAACAACUCACAUUUUUCUGUCAAAGAUAAUCAAGCGGGCUUGGUUAAGGGAUGAAGAUGUUCUCUGGACUGGAAGACUGGAACUCCUGUGUCAUUGAAAAAAAAAUGCGAUAAGGCAAAUGUUGCUUCUUUGGUUUUGUUCUUGUUUUCCUUAACUAUAAUUCACUAUCUGCCCCUCCAGUUUUCAGUAAAAUUUUAUUUUUAACACAGUUUCCUAAAUGCUGGCUCCAGUUGAGUUAUGGUCCUACUUACUUGUGCAGGAUUUAUAAUAAUAAAGAUUUUGGAAUCUAAAGUCUCUAUUGAGCCCAGGUUAAGGUGAAGACAAUGCUACAUAGGAAAAUUGGCUAGUUAUAAGAAUAUAAUAAAAGGCACAUCACCCUAUGAAUUCUGCAUUAGGUAUGCCAAAUACAAAGCUAAAAACAAUUAAAAAUAAUAAAAGAAAAAGAUAACCUUAUACUCUUAGAAACCAACUCCAAAACAAAACAGGGAGUUUCUUGAUCAGUUAAAAAGGUUACAUCUCCAGACAGAUUUUUCUGCAAAUAUUGGACAUGUCCUUUUUCCCUCAGGAGAGACCAGAUUAGCCUCCACUACAUUUGGAAGAUUGUGGAUGUGAAAAGAAGGUUUGAGAGCACUUCAAACACACAGGAGUUGUGCUUGUACCUCUGCAAAGAGCCAUGCAUGGCUGGCAAAUGGCACUCAAAACCAGACUAGCUGUCCAAGGCUGCUUGUUCCUGCUCUGCAUGGGGCCAGGGAUGCUGCAAGACAUAUUGGAGUGACAGUAUUCAGGAAAACAGCUUCUUCACCUGGUGAAGCAUAUAGCUGUUGCUGCUGUAGUGCAUUUACCUUUUCUCAGCAAAACUAUAUUCCUGCAGUGUCCUAUGAGUGAUUUGAUGACACUGACACAUUAUAAUGGCAGGCACAUUGCACUAAUCAUUCCCUAAAGUUUAAAUAUCCAUCCUGAAACUCUGUACCUGUCAGAGUUAGUGAGGCUAAGGUAUGGUAGCUUCUGAGGCCAUGAAAGAAAGAAGUGAUAGAGAUGGGUAGAUUUGUUUUCCAAGGCAAAAUGACCUUAGAGCUUGGUCACUGAUUAUGGCCAUGGGCCUCAAGACCAAAUUCAAGCUGAUGCAAAUAAAGCAACAGGGAAAGACCUCCAAAUCCCUGUUGUCUGUGUAAUAAUAUGGCAUAUCAUACAGUGCUUAUAGCAGUAUGUUUCAUAAAAUGCCAUAUCCAAAACCACCACAAAAUAAUCAAUGUACUAGGUAAGUAAACCCAUUUUGCCACAAAUGAAACUACAACCAACUCCAAAGUAAGAAAAUGAAGCUAGAAUCAGGAUUUCAAUGAGCAGUGUGACAUCAAGUCAUCAUUAUAAGUUGUGCAAACCUAUAAUAAAUUGUUUUUCCAUGAAAUUGUAAACAAAAGAAAAAACAAGAAAACUGCAAAAUAGUAUCUAGCUACACAAAUAUAAUGUCCAGAAAGAAAGAAGUAAUAAUAACAGAAAUUACAUUGCCUUAAGAAACAAAAUCCUUCAGUGAAAAUUAUUUUCUCAAUGUAUUUGUUAAUGAGAUCAAAUACAAUAGCAAUAUUUUUAAACUCUUAUAUCACUGAAAAAGACGCACACAAUUUUAAGUAUUCUUUUUUUUUUUCCCAUAUGAAGGGUAUCUAGGUAAAGAACAUUCUUUUUCCUACCUUCAUACAGAACAACCUCUACUAGUCUAUAAAUAACAACAUACAACACUAAGCAUAUCACCAUCAACCCGAAGAAAGCUGACUCUGGAAAAUGAAGGCUUGCAGCUCUAUUGUGAUGCUGUAUUUUGAUCUGCCAUAGUAGCAGUAGAAGACAAGAAUAACAAGUCUAAUAAAGCUAAUGGAAUUAUUUUGAGUUUACAGCAGUGAAAAAAGAAAUUUAACAAGUUAAAAAUCACCCAUAUUUUUCAUUCUGUACAUAAGGUUACCGCUUAUUUUCCUUAGCAGAAGGAACAGAAACUGGGUCUACUUAUUUCCUGUUGUACCUUUGACCUCCUGACUGAAUGUCUUGGUGAGAACUCUUUGAAAAUUCUAAAAUGGAAGUGUGUAAUUUAGUCCCACAGUUAGAUGGGUUGCCCAGAAGAAGUUAGAUGGGUGUGCAUGUUAAUUUUGAGUCAGCAUCUUCAUAUGGCUUUGAACUCUCAAGAUAAAGUGACAUGCAGGAAACUGCAGAAACAGAGAAACAGAAAGACCUACAAAAAAAUACAUGUGUUUUUAUUUACUGCCGUGAACAGAUUGAAUAGAAAGGGAAGGGAUGAAAACAGAGGGGUACCUCAUAAUUAGUAUGUCUGGAAAGCAGUACUCUUGUCCAGACAUUAGCCAUUUCUUGACUCCAUAGCAAAGUCCAGGGAUGCACUAGUUCCCCUACUUUCAUCUCUUGGUUUCCAACAGAGGAAACAGGAACAUACAAUUGGAAUUGUGUUUUUUAGACUUGCUUGUACUUCCAGAGUCACCUUAUUUAAAUUUGAGCUAUCCCUGUCCCAGGCAAUUUUCAAUAGUGGUACUGGAAAGCAAGCCCCCUGACUGAAGUCCCUGCCUCCGACCUUGCAGUCUGGCCAGUGUGCAUUUCAAGUUUUCUUUGAUUGUUGCAGGAUAUCUGAACUUGGUCACUUUGUGUUGUGAUUUUAAGGGACUGAGGAUCAGGCAAACUAUCCAGUCUGCAUUAUCCAGUCUGUCAGUGGAAUUAUUUAUCAAAGGCUUCUUGGUUGCUUGUAGAGAGGUCCUCUCUCCAUAUAGAACAAACCCUUGGUGUGUACUGGCCCUAUGCACAUCACAAAAGUGAAAGCAGGGAUAUAGAUAAAUAUAUUAAUUCAAAAGAAAAAGAAUCUACCACAUUCUUCUUAGAAACACAUAUUUUGGAACAGGCUGCCCAGUGAAGUGUUUGAGUCACCAUCACCAGAAGUGUUUAAGAGGUGAGUAGAUGAGGUUCUUAGGGGCAUGGUUUAGAAGUGGACUUGACAGUGCUAGGUUCGUGGUUGGACUCGAUGAUCUUAAAUAUUUGGUCCAACCAAAACAAUUCUAUGAUUCUAUGAUUUUAAACGCAUUAAAUCUUCAAAUGAAUUUUUGUGAAUAUUAAAAUGAAAUAAUAAAAGGUUCUACAUACAGUAUGUUUUCCAAUGAAAUCUUAAGUUCCAUUUUUUUUCCAUUUAUCAGUGUCACUAUGUGUACCAUUAGAAUCAUUCACUAUGCAAAGUGUAAGGAGAAUUGAAAGUAUCUGGGUUUUGUAAAUAUGUAGUACAUUGUAGAAAUUCCUGUUUCCAAUGCAUUCAAGUUUGGUGUUGUUAUCUCCCAAUCAAAUGAAAUAGCAUACAGUAAAAAUGUGGAAAUAGAGAACUGGUUUAGGUCCCUCAUAUCCCCAAGUGAGGCAAAAUCUUGUCGUUGGUGGUGGUUGUAUCAUGUGAUGUCCUGAGAAAAAAAUUGCAGUUCUCAAACUACUUACUUAUUAAAGAGAACUGCAGUAAAUGUUAGUUAAAAACUGAAAUCAUUAAUCUCUGUGAAAGUCAUGUACUAUUUCUAAAGGAUCAUUAAAAAAAAAAAAAAAAAAAAAAAAAGAAAUUAGGUAGGACUAAAAAAUCAUGCUUUAAAAUAAAAUUUUAAAAAGUUUUCAUAUAUGAGGGGAACAGGCUACUCUGAUUCAUAUGCCUUGGUAGUCAGUACUGCUGCAAUAUUAGGCAAAAUUUAGUGAUAGUUUUCAGAUUUCCCAACCAGUAUUACAGAAAUAAUUGAACCACACUCUGCAUGGUCUCUGGAAUUCAAUGAUUCAACCAGCUGAGGAGAACAUCUUACUCAUUGACUCAUAUUUCAUUUGAUCUUCCUGGGGCUUUCAUCUGAGAGAAAGGGAAGGAUUAAGAAUUUAAAUUCUGAAUGUGAAACUGGCAUAUAACAUGAUAAAACAAAGCAGUUUCAAAAAGCAUAGCCUGUGUUUCUAUCAGUUUCAAACUCCUAUCUAACAAAACAACUUCUCCAUUUCAUGUACCUAUCUUAUAAGUCCCUUUGUAGCUAUUUUACCACCACAUAUUAUGCUCAUCUUAAAAUUAAAAAAUCCAUUAAAAUUACAGCUCUCUAAAUUUGUCAAAAAAGCUUCUCUUUGCAAUAGCUUUGAUCUUAAAAAAUGUUACCAUUUAUUUGUUUCCCUCCCCUUCUAUUCCCCUU